AUGUCAAGUGAUAACUGUAAUAGCCAUGAAUUACAACCUCAAAAAGGUCUCCAAAUCAAGCAAGAUGACAAGUUCUUUACCAGGCUAAUGUCCAAAGAAACUUCCAUGGCCAAUUCUUCUUGUAGGAUCUACUAUGGUGGAGCUUCCGUUGCUGUUCCAUUCAUGUGGGAAUCACAACCUGGAACCCCUAAACAUACUUUUCGUGACAAUGUUCUCCCUCCUCUAACACCCCCUCUUUCGUAUCGUGCCUCGUUUGAGUCGAAAUCGAAGCGGAAAAAGAGCUUGAAACCAACCCUUUUGAGCUCCAUCUUUGCUUGUUUGAACUACGGUGCUACACUAUCUUCAUCUUUGGCUAAUGCUUCUAUGAACCGUGAGUUGAUUGAAAGACGAAGAAGGUGUUUUCCGUGUUCGAGAUCAUCAGUUCAUGACUGUAUGGAUGAUGAUGGGGAAGGUAUGGGAUCGCCAACUUGGACGUUGUGCUUUGGGGUUAAAACAAGGAACGUGAACGAGUUAAGAGGAUUAUUUCAGGGAUGA